AUGGCGACACCCCCCGCGGCGGCCGCCGCGUCUCCGUCGUCUCCGCAUGCGGCAGCGGAGGCGCCUGCAAGCGAUUCUGCCGCAGGCAACGCGGUGUCUGCCGCCGCCGCAGAUGCGUCCGCGCCUGUCUUGCGCCAGGGCGACACGAGCCGCGCAGAGGCCCCGAACCUGACCGAUCUUCUCCAGGUCUUAGCAGACAAAUACCGCGUCGAGCCCGCAUUCCUCGCCUCCCUGCAGCACGCCAUUGGCAUGUCCCGCGCGUCGGGCUCUGUCGCGGCUGGGGGGCCUGCGCCGGAGGUCGCCGCGCUCGGGGCCCUGGGCUCCGAGGCCGGCCUGGGGGUUGCGCCGAGUCCGCUGGCUUCCUCGCUGCUGUCGUUCGACGUGUAUGAGCGGCUAUACAGCCGCCUCUGUCUCUGGAUUUUCAGUGUCUUCUCGGACUGCAGAGAGGAGCUCUUAGACGUCGCCUUCGCCGUCCUCCUGCACAUGUUCAAGAAGCUGCUGGGCACCGACGUCUACCAAGCUCGCCAGCUCUUGAGGCGAUUCGCGUCGCUUCACACGGGAAAGCAUCAGCCGCUGUUGAAGCAGAUUGAGGAAACAGAUCCCGUGCAUCCUCUUCAGCUUCGGCAGAUUCCCUUCUUUGCUUCCGACGAACGCCAUCCGCUCUUUAUCUCCGAGCGCGCCUACUUCGUCCUGCGGACGUGGCUGCUGGACACGCGGUGCCUGCUGCUGGAGGUGAUCAUCCAAGCCGCCGUCCGGCUCCUUCCGCCGCCGGCGCAUGCGCCACAUCUGCGCGGAAUCUUCUACCGGGGGCUGCUUCUCGCCUCGCCCUCCGCGGUGCCCGCGCGUGCGCCUCCAGCGCCCGCGGCCUCGUCGGGCUUUGCGUCCUUCUUGCCGCUCGCGGAGCCCAGACGCCAGGAAGGAGAUGCGGGCGGCGCGGGGCUGCCGAAGCGCCUUGAGAAGGCGGAGGGAGCCAGGCAGGGCGACGAGACGGAGGCGCUGCCGCCCGUCACGUGGGGCCUGCCGCGCCAGUUCUUCCGCGAAGAGUCGACCGUCCUGGGACCCAGCGGCGAGCGAACAAACCGCGUGCGAAUCGUCGGCGGAGAAAAUCUUCGCGAGAGCGACCUCGCAGAUCCGAACGCGCUGCUCCCGCUUCCCGAGCCCUCGAAGGACGCCUUCCUCUUCUAUAAGCGCGCGCAGAGACAGCAGCUCGAACGCCGGGUGACGCUCUCGGCCUCCGCGGGGCAGCUGCCCUCCAUCGCAUGCAUGACGGUCCUGAACUCCUCCUGCGAAACCGCCUCAUGCGCCGUGAGCCCCAGCAGCGCGCGGCUUGUCGCGGUUGGCGGCGAAGGCGAAAUUCGUCUGUGGGACCUGCAACAGUACCAGGUUUCCAAGGCGCGCCGCGAGCGGCGGCGGCGGCGCUGCCUGUUGCGCAUGCAGCAGCAGGCCCAGGAGGCGGUGCCGCUGUCGUCGGCGUCCUCCUUCUCCCUCGACGACGAGGCGGGCGCCGGCGACGCGAGGCAGGCGUCUUCAGACUCGGACGAGGAGGCGCCGAACCGCACGCGGAAGCGCGCAGAGGCGGCGCGGCCGCGGGAGGAUACUUCUGUGGCGCGGGGGUCGUCGCUGGCGCCUUCGGCGCUCGACUGGGCGGAUGAGGACGAAGCCGAGGCGGGGGUCUCGCGGCUCGUGGGAUGCGACGGGCGGGUGCUGGCCCUGGCCUUCGGCGAGGCCGACGACCGCGUGCUCCUGUCGGGCGGCGUCGACGGCGUGGUGCGGCUGUGGCAGUCCUUCUCCUCUGUCGCGUGGACUUCGGGGCUCGACGACGACGCCGAGGAGGAGGAGGGUAGUCUUAAGACGCCGCGGCAGAAAGCCGAGAGGGACUCCCGCGCAGCCGACGGGCGCGGAGCGACGGAGGACGCGGAGGAAGACGCGAGGCUGCAGGACAUCGGGCAGAAAACCAAGAUCAGCGGCUCGAACGUCGUCUCGCCUCUCUGCGUUUACCGAGGCGCGCUCGCCGCCGUGUGGUCGCUGGACGUCGGUCCCUACGGGCACUACUUCGCGUCGGGGUCGAGCGACAACUGCGCGCGGCUGUGGUGCACGUCGCGGUCGUUCCCGCUGCGGCUGCUGCAGCACCCGGCGGCGGCGGCAGACGUCUUUCGCGUUGCGUUUCACCCGAACUCGUCUCUGCUUCUCACGGCGGCCUCGGACGAGACCGUGCGCCUGUUUGACCUCCGCUCUGCGCAGGUCGCCCGCGCGUGGCGGCCGCUGCUCCUGCCGGCUCCAGGCGAAGACGGAAGGCGCGAGCGCGAGGACCGCCGCGGCCGGGAACAGGCGCUACGAGACGUUGAGAAGCGCGAGAAGGCGCUGCCGAUGCUCAAGAAGAAGCGCCUUCUCGAGGAGGCGAAGGGCGCGGCCGCGAGAUCUGUGAGCCUCCGCGGAGGCGGUCGGCGCGAGUGCUUGUCCGAGGAUGAAGACGAGAGAUGGAGGCUGGAGGAGAGGAGAAAGCGCGGAAAAGUUACUGCCCUCGCGCUCUCGCCCAGCGGCCGACUGGUCGCGACCGGAGAUUCGGCGGGAGGCGUCUGCGUAUUCGACAUCCCAUCGGGGCGACCGCUCGCGUUCGGAUGGAGCCCCGCCCUGUCGCAGACCAGCCCUUCGGGUUCGCCUUCCGCGUCGCCGAUCUGCUCCUCGCCGCGCAUCUACUCGCUCUCGUUCUGCUACGGCUCUUCGCUGCUCGCCUCAGCUGCGGCCGACGGCACAGUGGCGCUUUGGGAUACCAGCUGCGGGGCCCUGAAGACUCCACCGGACGGCGAAGAUUCAGGCAGACCCGGUGCGCUGUUCGAGGCGCGGCCGCUGCCGUCGCUCGCUCUCGCGGAGACGUACGGCGCCGCCCACGUAGCUAUGCGGGCGUGCGUGUUCACGCCUCAGAACCUGUUGCUCUGUUUGGGCUUCUCAACUCUCGCCAGCGACGGCUUGAGCUUCUAG